CUCAGUAGUUAUAAAAAAUUGGUUCGUGUGCUCUCGACGCAAUUAGAAAUAAUUGUGAAAAUAUCCGCAAAUUGUUAAAAACGCCCAUUCGGAAAGCGCACAAUAUUCGCGAAGACGACGCGCGAGCGGCACAAUGAAUGAAUAAAGCCUCCUAACUCUCAAUAAAAAAACCCCCAAAAUUGUGCCAAAAAAGUGUACUGGAGAUCGUCGAGAUUUAGCUACAGCAAGUCGGAUAACAACAACAACGUGGGAUCGGAUCGUCUAAUAGUUUAAUUGAGUUUCUGGUGUUGUUGUUGUCGUUUGAUUCCUUUUUUUUCGUUGGAAACGUUUGUGCAGCAGCAGCUCUGAAUGUCUUUAUGCUUUAAUCAUGGUGUAUUUCGCCACCAACAACAACAACACCGACACUAUACGCUGCUAUAUUAGAAUCUUUCUGAUAACGAACCAUGACAGAAGGACAUGAAAGCGACUUCUUAGUAACAGUACGCGCACAGGUAAUGACCAGAGACGAGAGCACCGAGGGCUGGCUACCGCUGGCCGGGGGUGGCCUGGCCAACGUUUCGAUCCGGAAGCGGGCUAGGCUAUCCCCACUGGCAUCGGGUCAUGACUACAUCAUCUACGGGCAGAGGAUAUCCGAUCAGAGCGUCAUCUUGAGCUGUGUGAUCAAUAGAGAUCUGAAGUAUUACAAAGUAAUGCCCACAUUUCAUCAUUGGCGUGCAGGGAAGCAGCGGAACGGACUCACAUUUCAAACGGCCGCCGAUGCGCGGGCCUUUGACAAGGGCGUCCUGCGCGCCUACAACGAGCUGAUCGAUGGACUGGCCAAAUCGAAUCCAACGAUAAUUUGCCCGCCGCUGACCAAAUAUGAUUCGGUUGGCGAAGAUGAUGUAUUCAUGACCCUGGACUUACCUGUGGAGAGCGAGAGUUUACAAAAGAUCCAUUCAAGCCCCGAGGGCAGCGAGAAAAGUCACAAGAGCGUCAGCAACAAUUCCGACUCGGAGAAGCUGCCCCCGCCGCCAAUUCACUACAUAUCCACGGACAAAACAUCGGCCACCACAUCGCCGCCAGACGCACCGCCCGCAUCUGCAGCUCCAUCGCCGGCGACUGCCGGCCAGAUAGCGGCCAGUGAGAACUACUCGUACGUGACGCUGACGGCGGUGCACCACGACUACAACUAUCCAGUGGUGGACCAGCCGGUGGGGGCGCAGGUGCUCAAUGCUCGCCGGGAAUCGAUCAGUGCGCUGAAGAAACGCAACGCUCUGGAGGCGGCGCAGGCCAUGGCAGCAGCCCACCAAACGGUGGGUUGCGGUACAGGACGAGACGGAGGAUCGGGAAAGCCGCUGCACAAGCCAAACGUAUCGGACAUACUGAAGAAGGAGACCCGCUCGCGUUGCCGGUACUGCCAUGAGCUUUACAGCGAGGACUUCAAUCGACGGGGCGCCUGCGAAUAUGCCCCGGAUCCCUUUCGCAGCGGCUACGAGUGCAUCUCGGGGAUGGGCUGCGCCCGCUGCAUGAUCUACCAUUGCAUGAGCGAUGCCGAGGGUGAGACGGCCCAGCAUCCGUGCGACUGCAGUGCCAGCGAGGCCGGUUGCAGCAAACGCUGGCUGGGCCUGGCGCUCCUCUCGCUGUUCGUGCCCUGCCUGUGGUGCUAUCCGCCGCUUCGCGCCUGCCACCUGGCCGGCAUCCAUUGCGGUCUUUGCGGCGGGCAGCACAAGCCGCAUGUCUGACAUUUGGAGGCCCGCUUGCAAGGACAGCACGACGAUGACCCCAGGCCCAGAAGCGAAUUCCAUUACCACCAAUCCGAACAGAGCAUGAGCAGCGCCAAGCGUCCGUGGGGCAACAACAAGAGACAGUCGCAGCCAUCGCACACCCAGUCGCAGCGACACUUUUACAACUGGGAGCUGUCGCACAGCUUGGGAGCACCACAGCAGCAGAUGCCGCCGUAUUUAAUGCAGCCGACUGACCGAAAGGCGCCUCAGAACGAUUACGGACGCCUGCUGUUCUAAUCUCUGUCCAGGGUGACAGGGUUAUAGUCCCAUUUUCGCAAACUUAUUACUCAGCUGCAUUGAGUCUUUCACCAGAAGCAAAGAAAUGUCUAAAAGAGCAAAGGGCAAAGAAAUGCCUUUUCCAAUGAAUUACAGGAAAAUAAGCAGAAUACUUUAAAUUCUGUACAAAUCCCAUUUUGUGAAAAUGAAAAGCUCAGCUUGUAAAACUCAGGUGAAACAAAAAACAAAAUUGUAAUUGUAAAAUCAAUUCAGCUGAAAAAUUAGUGUGCGAAAAUAGGACUUUAGUUCGCUUUUAGUAUCAUUUCGGUAUACUCCAUUUGAAUUGCCAUAAUUUAUUGUAUAUACAAAGAGCAGGAAAGGAUUACGUAUCUAAUUUUAAUAUACUUUCUUAAUUGUAACUUAUGUUUAGUGCUCUCGCUUAAUUAUAGUUUUGUAAAAACGGGCUAUUUGUUUUUAUUUGUAACUGAAUUACUUUUUUAAAAAAUCAAAUAUUAUACAAUGUUUGUUUAAGUUUAAGUUGUUUAGGGUUUUUUGCUAUUUACACUUGCUUGUUUACAAUUCAAAAUUGGAGAACAGUAUUAAAAGGCCGUGGCAAAGGCGAAAAGAGAA